GUCAAUUUUAAUUUUAUCCUUUUUACAUAUUUUUUAUCAAUCUUUCACUCAUCACUCAUUUUACAUUUUAUUUAAGUUUGCGUGCAAGGAAUAGUCCACCCUACAGUCACCUCUUUUUCCUUGUCCUAUUGUGAAUAAACAAACCAGUGUGAUUUGUUGCGUUCUUUGAACCAUGACCAAGUGGUCACUUUCUCAACUCUACUUCUUUUGAGGACUCAUAAUGGCCGGUACAUCCAAAGAGUCUGGCGAACCUGAGCUGAAAAGACAAGGAUCUUUACGUCGAGUAGUUCCAUCUCUACCAGGUAGCGAGUCAAUGCUGAAGCUUUUGAGCCGAAGUCACAUUUCUCAGCCAAACAAUGUGCAGCUGAAGCCAUUUAACUCAUUCUUUUUAGAAUAUAGCAUCAUUUCCGAAUUUAACAUUGUUGCGCGGCAUAAAAUUCCUGGUCUUUAUACGGCUCCGUCUGCAGCCUCACCCCUGGAAUGGUAUGCUGUUUUAUUUAUCAGGUCAGGGCCCUAUGAAGGAGCAAUUUUCAGAUUUACCAUGCUUAUUCCUGAGACGUUUCCUGAUAGCACGACACCUAAAGUCAUCUUUCAAAGUGAUACAUUUCACCCGCAAAUUGACAAAGAUAGUGGGGAGUUGAAUAUUCGAGAAAAAUUUCCCGAAUGGCGGAAGGAUCUCAACCACCUGUGGCAAGUUUUGGACUACACUCAGUCAAUAUUUUACAAUAUUGAAACUAAAAAUGCUGUCAAUUUAGAAUCCACCAAUUUGUUUGAAACUGAUCUAGAAACCUGGAAGUUAAGAAUUUCUGCUUGUGUGGAUGUUAGCAAAGCAAAAAUAUUCGACCCACCGCCUGUAGAUGACAGCAAUUGUUUAAAAUUUAGUCCUUAUAGUGAAGAGGUGCACGGUACAACCAAGAAAACAAUCUCUGCAGGCUUGGUAAGACUAAGAACCACGUGAAUCAAGUAUGAAACCUGCCCAAAAAAUAUCCUGGGUCCAACCUGGUUCUCUGCAGCCAUUGUCAAGACCGAAUUCUUGAUAUAGGCUGUCUCUUCGGUAGAGGAGUUCUCACACGGUUUGCCUUAAAUUCAUUCUAUUCAUCCAAAUAUCAAGCAAAAGGUGGUUAAUGAAGCAGAAAGGAUUUGUUGAACAAGUGCACACAUCGAAGGAUGAAAUGAGUACUCAAAAUUUCCUGGAAUGUUGCUUUUGGUUCACCCUCUACAGGUUUAAAUAUUUUAUGAAUAUCAAUUCAGAUAGAAAAUCAGUUAUGUCAAUGAGUAAUUGUAACAAGUAGAUUCUUAAAAAGUAAAUUAUAUGGUUUAAAUUUUCCUAGCAAUGUCAUUUGCCUGAGUUCGAUUCAGUCAAAUUGAUUUCAGUUGUUUGUCAUCCAGAUGAAUUUUCAGGAAAUCUAAAUUUCCAUUAAAUGUCCGAGGAGAUUAAAUCAGCCUGCCUCCAGUAAUUACAAUCAGCACAUUCUGUAUUGGUGGGGAAUACCUCACACAGGAAAGAAAUUACUGUUGCAUAAAGUGCUUUACAAUUCGCACAAUUCACUAUUUUUGUUGAUUUAACCUUUGCAGCAGUAAGAAAGAGAGAGAAGUCUCAGUGAGGAACCAUUUUACUACGAUACUUCUCUGGUCCAGGUUCACUGUGUUACCAUUUACGGUAUGUUUCACUCCUAUUGAUCCGCUAAUUUGGAUUGCACCAACAAGAGCAGGGUUAUAUUCAAUAAACAGACAUAUCACUAUCAUUACAUGUUUGAAGACCUAAUCCUUUUUCUUGAUAUACUAAUUUCUAAUAUUGGUUUCUUUCCCUCAUUAACCUCCAAAAUAGACGAAACUUCUGUUAUAUUGUAAAUUCUCACAUAGUAAUUGGUUAUUUUAAUAGUCGAUUUUGCGUAUCAUGUCAAGGUGUCCAGGGACAAAAAUUAUGAAGGCUGUGUAAUUUUCUGCUCUGUUCCCAAAGGCAUGCUUUUUGGGUACUGCGCUCACUAUGGUCUUUUGUAUGAAGUAUAUGAAUUAACCUUUUCAAAUCUUUUGGGUCAGAUGCUCUGAAAAGUGGCUCCCAUGCUUUUUCUGAUCCAUCUUUCCUAGAAAGAUAGGAUAAGUAAUUAAACUCAUAAAUAUUGGUGGCCGAAGUGCAAAACAACGCAUCUCCAUCACGAUGUUUCAAAAUUUCCCCUCCUAUUUUGUUUUUUUUUUAAGAGAAACAAGCUAAGUUUAUACCUUGAAAUUUAUAACAAAUCUACUCUGCUUAUAGAAAAGAAAAAUCGAGGAACUUUCUAAGAAAUUGAAUUGACCAGUUUUCUAGAGAAAAAAUCAAGUGACAGGAAGCUUACAAUGUCGUAAUAAUUGAUAAUCUUUGUGUUUUUGUUUUCAAUGUUGAAUUGUCUUCAAUGCCGUAUGAAUAGAUAAAAGUUGUUGUCAGGAACAGCAGGAAAAAUUUUUCAGGCAUAUACUAUACAUUUUACCCUUACUAAAUGACCUUGGUUUCUCACCAUCAUGCGUCUAUUUUUAGUGAAAUUAUAUUUUGCCCGGCAAAGUUGUUUUUUACAGAAAUCUUAAUUUUCCAAAUAUUUGGUGGUUGAUGAAGAAAAAACAUAGUUAUUUUUGAAUUCAGUACUAAAAAAAUACACCAAAAUAUCCAUCAAUACAUCCAGCAUUCUUUUUAAUGUAGAUCUUUGUAGUUUUUACUGAGGAAUGCUGCCUUUUCAAUAGUCUAUCUAAAGUUUGAGAGAGCCCUUAAUAUGAAUUCACCAUAAGUAUUGCAUAUUUAUCGGUUAUUUUUUUAUAAAGUAAUCAAAGAAGGGAUCACAUUUUCAGUCUAUUCUUUUGCUAUCUCUUGUACCUUGAACUUUUUUUCUUUUUUGUUAAACUUUUUCAAAUUGUUGAGGACCAAUUUCGUCCAUUUGUAACAAUAUUUUGAUUGAUAAAUAUGUUGAAUAAAUAUUUAAUGUUUUUCAUGGUUUCUGAAA